AUGGGGCGCAAACUUAAGGGAAAGUUAGGAUCCAAGGGCUUAAAAGGUGCUCUUUUGCGACACCAGGCAAUAGAACAGAACAAAAAGAGAGCAAAAAGUAAGUUGGACCAUGCUUUACACAAAACACAGCCUACAAAAGCAAGUAUUGAACAGCGGACCCUUCAACAAGAAAGAGCAAGUAAAAUAGUCCCAUUUGACAAGAACUCAACAUUAUUGUUAGUGGGUGAAGGCGACUUUUCAUUUGCCCGAUCAAUUGUGCUUCAAGAGCAUAUCAAACCAGAAAACCUCAUAGUGACCAGCUUCGAUGCUUCGUCUACGGAGCUUAAAUUGAAAUAUCCACGUAGCUUCCAGGAGAAUUACGAAUUUCUGGUAGAGAAUGGUGUUAAGAUUUUUUUCAAAAUAGACGCUACCAACCUCAUCAAGUCUUUUAAGCUCAGCAAGAAGACGACGUGGGCCAAACUAGUAGGUGCCGGAUGGGCGUUAAAACCACUGCAGAACAUUAUGUUCAACUUUCCACACACCGGCAAAGGUGUCAAAGAUCAGGACAAAAAUAUUCGAGAUCAUCAAAUUCUAAUCACUACAUUUCUUGACAGUUGCAAGCGUUUCUAUAGGACCGUCAAUCACCUUCCUCUCAAUAAAUCCGAGGUAUACACGCAAGGCUACGAUUUAGAGGAAAGGAAGGAAUCAAUUGGAGUCGAUGCUGAUGGAUGUGGGAAGGUAUUGCUUACAUUGUUUCAGGGUGAACCCUACGACAGUUGGCAAAUCAAAAUUUUGGCCAAAACAACAGGAUGGAAAAUAGAAAGAUCAGGCAACUUUCAAUGGGAAAAUUAUCCAGAAUACAAUCACAAGCGUACCAAUAGCGAGCAGGAUACGACAAAACCUGCCUCCCAAAGAGAGGCCAGGACUUAUGUCUUCGAUAUCUUUGACAAAGUCAAACAUACCAAAAAUGGCAAGAAGCAAAGAGACUCCGAAAGCGAUGAAGAUUAA